UGAUGUAUUUUCUGAGCGGCUGGCCGCGGAGGCUCCUCUGCCCGCUCCGGAGCAGCGAGCGGCCCUUCCUGAUCGAGCCCAGCGCGCAACGCUUCUACCUGGCGGUGCUGUCCGAGACCCAGAUCAGCAUCUGGUUCAGCAGGCCCAGCGUGUUGAUCGUCAGUUAUAUCGAGUCUGGCAAAGCGGCUGCGCAGUUCGGCUUCUAUCAGCAGGUGGAAUGGAAACCCGAUGACUCCAUGAUCGCAGUGUCGGCAGCGAACGGUUACGUCUUGCUGUUUGACAUCAUCGGAGGCUCGGAUGAGAAGUACCUGUACGAGCCUGUUUAUCCCAAGGGCAGCGCUCGUGUUAAGGUCACGCCGGGUUAUAAAGAGGAACAGUGUGCUCCAGCUCUGACCCUAGAGAUGAAGAAACCCGUCGACCUGGAGGCUCCAAUCAGCUGUCUGCAGACGCUGCAGGAGGAUCUGUUAGUGGCGACAGCAGACGGUUAUCUGCACAUGCUGCACUGGGACAGUGUGAGUAACGGCCGGAGAGCGGUGAACCUGUGCACCAUCCCCUUCUCCCUCGACCUGCAGUCCUCCAGAGGAGGGCCGUGUUUGGAUCUGGACGGCGUUCACAUUCGAGACAUGGAGUACUGCUCUACUCUGGAUGGAUUUGCGGUCGUGUUCGAUGACGGGAGACUGGGAUUCAUCACGCCAACCGCAAACAGACUCGCCACAGACCAGCUGCAGGGUGUUUGGGCCGCAGACGUCUCCGAUGGCACGUGUGUCGCGGUCAACAACAAAUACAGACUCAUGGCUUUCGGAUGCGCAAGCGGGUCAGUGUUGGUGUACAUGAUUGACAGCUCUACAGGAUCGAUGCAGCUCUCUCAUAAACUGGAGUUAACUCCGAAGCACUACCCAGAUAUCUGGAAUAAGACGGGGGCGGUGAAGAUGAUCCGCUGGUCUCCGGACUGCAGCGUAGCGAUGGUGACGUGGGACUGCGGAGGUCUGUCUCUGUGGAGUGUGUUCGGAGCUCAUCUCAUCUGCACGCUCGGGGAGGACUUCGCCUAUCGCUCAGACGGCACUAAGAAAGAGCCUCUGAAGAUCAGCUCUAUGAGCUGGGGUGUGGAGGGAUAUCAUCUGUGGGUGAUUGGCAGCGCAGACGUGAAUCCUGUUCCUGACGGAGCCGAAAGAGACGAGAAUCUCCAGCAGGCCGGCAUUCUGCAGUUUCAGUUCAUUAAGAGCGCGCUGACGGUCAACCCGUGCACAAGUAAUCAGGAGCAGGUGCUGCUCCACGGAGAGGACCGUCUGUAUCUGACCUGUGGUGACCCGACUCAGGCUCACGGCGUGUCGGAGAAGAGCUCGUCUCGGGACGGUCGGCAGUCGGUACACCGGCCCUCAGCGUCCACUCCUCUCUCUCAGGGUCUCAGCACUUUACUGGGCCACAAGCACUGGCAGGUGGUUCAGAUUCAUAGCACAUAUCUAGAGACAAACUGGCCCAUCAGGUUCGCAGCUAUUGACUGGACAGGUCAGUGUGUGGCCGUAGCUGGCCGGCGUGGAUUUGCACAUUACUCUUUAUACACCAGAAAAUGGAAACUGUUUGGUAACGUCACGCAGGAGCAGAACAUGACGGUGACCGGCGGUCUCGCGUGGUGGGGCGACUUUGUUGUCAUUGCCUGUUACAAUUUCAUUGACCGGCAGGAAGAGCUGAGGUUAUACGUGCGCACUGCUAACCUGGAUAACGCGUUUGCCAGCGUCACUAAACUCCACGCCGACACGCUGCUGCUGAACGUGUUUCGUAACGUGGUGAUUCUGUUCAGGGCCGACUGCUCCAUCUGCCUUUACAGCAUCGAGAGACGACACGACAGUCCGAACCCAUCAGCGAGUGUGGAGCUGCUGCAGGAGGUGUCUAUGUCCCGGUAUAUUCCUCACCCCGGUCUGGUGGUGUCUGUGACCCUCACGUCAGUCCGGACGGAGACCGGCAUCACACUCAAAGCCCCGCAGCAGGCCUGUUCGGCGGAGAGUAUCCUGCUGAAUUUGGCCGGUCAGCUGAUCAUGCUGCAGAGAGACCGGUCCGGCCCACAGGUACGAGAGAAGGACACGACGGCCAAUCAGACGAAGCUGCUUCCGUUCUGUGCUCCGGUGGUCCUGGCUCAGUGCGUGGAGAACGUCUGGACCACCUGCCGCAACAACCGCAAGAAGCGCCACCUGAUGGAGGCUCUGUGGCUCUCAUGCGGCGAGGCGGGGAUGAAGGUGUGGCUCCCGCUCUUCCCGAGAGACCACCGCAAGCCGCACUCGUUCCUGUCGCGCCGGAUCAUGCUGCCCUUCCACAUCAACAUCUACCCGCUCACCGUGCUCUUCGAGGACGCUCUGAUCCUGGGCGCCUCCAACGAGACGGCUCUGUUCGACGGGCCCGGCUCGUCCUCGCUGGAGGCGCUCUUCCCCUUCUGCACGGUGGAGCGCACCUCUCAGAUCUACCUCCAUCACAUCCUCCGACAGCUGCUGGUGAGGAACCUGGGCGAGCAGGCUCUGAUGCUGGCGCAGUCCUGCGCCUCGCUGCCCUACUUCCCUCACGUCCUGGAGCUGAUGGUGCAUGUGGUGCUGGAGGAGGAGGCCACGUCCAGAGAGCCCAUCCCCGACCCGCUGCUGCCCACCGUCGCCAAGUUCGUCACCGAGUUCCCGCUCUUCCUGCAGACCAUCGUGCACUGCGCGCGCAAGACCGAGUACGCGCUCUGGAACUAUUUAUUCGCCGCCGUGGGGAACCCCAAAGACCUGUUCGAGGAGUGUCUGAUGGCGCAGGAUCUGGACACGGCCGCAUCUUACCUGAUCAUCCUGCAGAAUAUGGAGGUUCCUGCGGUCAGCCGUCAACACGCCACUCUGCUCUUCAACACCGCUCUGGAGCAGGGCAAAUGGGAUCUGUGUCGUCACAUGAUCCGCUUCCUGAAGGCCAUUGGUUCAGGGGAGAGCGAGACUCCGCCCAGCACACCUACCACUCAGGAGCAGAGCUCCACGGGCGGCUUCGAGUUCUUCAGGAACCGCAGCAUCAGUCUCUCUCAGUCGGCUGACAGCAUCGCCGGAGGAAAGUUCAACCUGCAGAAGACCAUGAGCAUGCCGUCUGGACCCUCCUCCAAAGGCGGAGAGCGCUGGUGUAAGGACACUGACUCUGCGGAGAACCUCUACAUUGAUAUGAUGCUGUGGCGUCACGCUCGUCAUCUGCUGGAGCAGGUCAGACUGCGGGAUCUGGGCUGUUUCUCCGCUCAGCUGGGCUUCGAGCUGAUUGGCUGGCUGUGUCGGGAGCGCACACGGGUCGCCCGGAUCGACGACUUCGUCACCGCCCUCAAAUGCCUGCACAAGGACUUCCUGUGGCCGUUUCCUGUAAUCCCAGCAUGCUCCAUUAGCUCGCCACUGAAGAACGGACGCUGCCGCCCAGUGUUGAGUUCUCGUUUGCUGAAGUCUCAGUCCGCGGACAGUUUGCUGAACAGUGACAUGGACACCAUGCCCCCUCAGGUCACCGCAGCCAAUCACAGCUGGCUGCACGGUUUGGGGGCGGUCUCAAAGGAACUAGACUCCGCCUCCUCUCACGGUGGGCCCCAGACACAGGAAGCGUUUCUCUCUCCUCUCAUCAACAAAGGAGAGGAGUACAGCGUCGGUUCAGCCACGGACCUGACUGAGACCAGCUCCAUGGUGGAUGGUGAUUGGACGAUGGUCGACGAGAAUUUCUCCACCCUCAGUCUCAGCCAAUCAGAGCUGGAGCACAUCUCCAUGGAGCUGGCCAAUAAAGGGCCGCACAAGAGUCAGGUGCAGCUGCGGUAUCUGCUGCACGUCUUCAUGGAGGCUGGGUGUCUGGAGUGGUGCGUCGUCAUCGGCCUGAUCUUACGAGACGCCAGCGUCAUUAAACAGGUCGUGGGCUUCCUGGACAGUCCAGAAGUGCCACCAGAAACGGUCCAGAGCAUCCGAUCCGGCCUGAAAGCCGUCGACCUGUGGGCCUCGUCUGAUUGUCUGGGCUACAAGCCGUUCUUGAGCCUGAUUGGUCCUCAGCUGCUGAAGCUGCUGGAGGUUCCUGUGGAGCAGGUUCAGCCCGAGGCCUUCCAGCCGCCCGGAGCGUCUAAACUGAGCGAGCCUCCGCUGCUGCUGCUGCCCCGAGCCGAGGAGCUGACCGCCGCUCACCCGCUGCCCUCGGACGGCCCCGCCGGAGCCAGCGCCCGGCCCCUGGACGACACGCCGGAGGAGCCCGAGGAGCAGGAGCCGCUGGAGGAGGGCUCGUAUGACUGCACGCUCUCGUGACGCGCUGUGUGUGUGUGUGUGUGUGUGUGUGUGUGUGUGUGUGUGUGUGUGCGUGCGUGCUCCUCCACUCUGCAGUGUCCUGUGUUUUGCUGUGUUUUCAGCAUCCUGUGGUCAGCAGCAUCUUUUGUUCUCUUCACCUCCACGCUGCAAAACAUCUUUCUUCAUUAGUGUUCUUGUCUCUUGUUGUUGUUUUUAGCUCUUCCAGUACAAACAUCUAAACCUCAAGAUACAUUCACUGCAGGAAUAAAAUCUUUCAGAUUUUCCUUCUAAAGAUUCACGUUUUCUUUUAUAAUACCAAAUUACAAAAUUAUGUGAGUUUAUUCUUAAAACAAGAACAAAUAUCUGCCAAUGGGGUUCAUAAAAGAAUUUCAAAAACGUUUUUUUUUUUUUUUUU